AUGUUUCACUUUUUCGCACGGCAGGGAGAGUCCUGGGCCACUUGGGCGAAAACACUGACGUGCGAGAAGCAGUUCGUGGUGUGGAUAGCCAACCAGAUCCUGAAGGGCCGGAAGAUCAUUCUCCAUACCGACAGUAGCUACAAGCUCAAGGUGCCCGGUGUUCUCCACGAUCGCGUCGGGCACUGCAAGAAACGUGCCAAAGUCAAGGGCAAAUGGCAGUGGCAGCUUCCCAGGUACGUGCAGACAGUGACACACCAGAUCCCGGGAAAGAAGGGCCGAACAAUGAAGGUUAAAUCCGGAACUCAAAUCGUGGAUCGCGGCUGGCGAUUCCUCAAGGAGCAUGUGCAGGUCAAUCAACAUUCCAAAGCGGGCAGCAAGCUUCUGAGGGCCAAGCUUAGAUCGGCGCAAUACGAGUACUGGAACAGAGGCAAGGACCUUUGGGUAGAGUGCCGGAAGCUAUGCUCCCAAAACAUGGCCAAGUUUCUGAGGGCAUAA